GUCAAACAGUGAUAGUGCCAAACCUUAGAAUAUAAUCAAAGGACCCAUUGGAGAGAGAGAGAGAGAGGCUGUGAACUCAGAGAAAGAAAAUGGGGUGAGAAGAGUGAUAGGCAGCUGGAGUUUUGGCAUCACAGCUGCUGGCCAAAACCCCAUCACCAAUUUUCAUUCUUCUGCUUUGCUUGCUGCAUCCGAGAUUCCGAACCCAGCACUAUAUUUCAUGCAUUUCUUUGAAGGCAAUUGAAGCAAGGAGUAGCAGUACUUACUCAAAUAUUGGACUUAUGUAGAAUUGAGCAGUUUGAAGGCUAUUGACGCAAGGAGUAGCAGUACUUACUCAAAUAUUGGACUUAUGUAGAAUUGAGCAGGUGCAAGGAGUGAGAAAUAUAGAGAUGUAAACUGCCAUCUGGACAGUAAUUUGGAUGUGCGUUAUAAUAUAUUGAUAUUCUGGCCUGGAUACAGUACCUGGGUUUUCACUACUGGUACAAGGACCAGGCUUUUGCCAAGUCAAUACCAGUUGCGCUAUUGUUCCUUGCUGGAGUCAUGGCAACUUUAUCACAUUCCGAUUCCAGACGCUUAUACUCUUGGUGGUGGGACAGCCACAUUAGCCCAAAGAAUUCAAAAUGGCUUCAGGAAAAUCUUACAGACAUGGAUGCCAAAGUCAAAGCGAUGAUCAAGCUCAUUGAAGAAGAUGCAGAUUCUUUUGCAAGGAGGGCAGAAAUGUACUACAAGAAACGCCCAGAGCUUAUGAAACUUGUAGAGGAGUUCUACCGAGCUUACCGUGCAUUAGCUGAGAGGUACGAUCAUGCAACAGUGGAGCUUCGCCAGGCCCAUCGAACCAUGGCAGAGGCAUUCCCCAGUCAAGUGCCUUAUGAGCUGGCUGAUAAUUCACCAUCAGGUUCUUCAGGCCCUGGGGCUGAACCUCAUACACCCGAAAUGCCACAUCCAAUUCGUGCAUUAGUAGACCCGGAUGACUUGUGUAAGGAUGCACUAGGGGUCUCUUCAACCAGCUUACAUGCUACGAAGAGGGGUGGAGGGAAUUCAGAAUGUGAAUCUGCAAUAAGCAAAAGGGGUCUUAAACAGUUCACUGAGCUGUUUGUUUCAAGAGAAGCAGUGCUGCAAAAUUCAGAUGUUGCUGAAGGAAGGAUGAAGAAAGGCAUGAAUGUUUAUGAUGCCAAAGAGAAUGAACAAUAUUUGCUAGAUGGGUUCUCUCAGAUGUCAUGUGAGAACCAGAAACUCAAGAGCCAGUUCCUUUCUGAGUCUCAGCGUGCAGGGAAAGCUGAAAAUGAUGUUCAGGAAUUAAAGAAAGCCCUAGCAGAGAUUCAAUGCGAAAAGGAAGCUGUCCAUCUUCGAUACAAGCAGAGUUUGGAAAAUUUAUCACAUUUGGAGAGAGAACUUGAUCAUGCACAGAAGGAUGCUGCUGGACUUGAUGAGCAAGUGAGAAAAGCUGAAACUGAAAUUAAAAUACUGAAGGAAGUCCUCACCAAGUUAGAAGCUGAGAGGGAUGCUGGUCUUCUUCAAUUCAAUCAGUGUUUAGAGAGGAUAUCUAGUCUGGAGAAUUUGUUAUCUGUUGCCCAUGAGGAAGCAAAAGAGCUAAACGAGAAAGCUAUUAAAGCAGAAAAUGGGCACCAACAUCUCAAGAGUGAACUUUCUAGAUUAGAGGCUGAAAAGGAGUCAGCUCUUCUCCAGAACAGACAAUGUCUUGAGAAGAUAUCUGUGCUGGAGACUAAAAUCUCACUUGCUGAGGUAAAUGCUCGAUUUUUAAAUGAGCAAAUUGAAAGAGCAGAAACUGAAGUUAAAGCACUGAAGAAAGCUUUCACGGAAUUAAAUGAAGAGAAAGAAGCUGCAGCACUUCAGUAUAAGCAGUGCUUAGAGAAACUAGCUAAGAUGGAAAGUGAACUUUUUCAAGCCCAAGAAGAUGCCAAACAGCUGUAUAGCGAAAUUCUUCGGGGAGCUGCAAAAUUGAAGAGUGCAGAAGAACAAUGUCUUAUGUUGGAGAGUUCAAAUCAAUCUUUGAAAUUAGAGGCGAACAAUCUGGUGCAGAAGAUUGCAGUGAAGGAUCAUGAACUUUCAGAAAAGCAUUAUGAGUUGGAAAAAUUACAAACUCUAAUGCAAGAGGAGUGCUCAAGGUUUGAGCAAAUUGAAUCCAGUCUCCAAGCUUUACAGAAAUUACACUACCAAUCUCAAGAGGAGCAGAGAGGUCUGACAUUGGAGCUCAAAAAUGGGCUUCAGAUGUUGAAAGACUUAGGGAUCUGCAAACAUGGUAUGGAAGAACAACUUCAAAGGGUUGAGGAAGAAAACAGGAGCCUGAAUGAAGUGAAGUUUUCUUCUGCUAUUUCCAUAAACAAUCUGCAAAAUGAAGUCUUUAACUUGAAGGCAAUGAAAGAGAAACUUGAAGUGGACGUUGCACUAAAAACAGACCAAAGUGAUACCCUCCAGCAGGAGAUUUACCAUUUGAAGGAGGAAAUCAAGGGCUUGAAUGGAAGAUACCGGGCCAUUAUGGAGCAAGUGGAGUCAGUAGGUUUGAGUCCUGGAUGCAUUGAGUCAUACGUGAAGGACUUGCAAGUUGAGAACUCAAACUUGAAAGAGGUCUGCAAAAAGGGAAGAGACGAGAAAGAAGCUAUUAAUGAGAAGUUGAAGCAUAUGGAUAAUCUUUCUAUAGAGAAUGUUGCUCUGGAGAAUUCCCUCUCGAGAUUGAAUGGUGAGUUGGAGGGAAUGAGAGAGAAUGCUAAGAACUUGCAGCAGUCCUGUCAGUUUCUCCAUGAAGACAAAGCCACACUCGUUGCAGAAAAAGCUGCUCUACUUUCACAGUUGCAAAUUAUCACCGAGAACAUGCAGAAGCUCAUGGAUAAGAACACCUUGCUGGAGAAUUCACUCUCUUGUGCUAAUCUCGAGCUUGAAGGUUUGAGGGCCAAGUCUAAAAGCUUAGAAGAAUUAUGCCAGUUGCUCAGUAAUGAGAAGUCCAAUCUUUUGAGUGAGAGAUGCAGCCUGGUAUCUCACUUGGAAAACGUUGAACAGAGACUCGGAAACCUGGAAAAGAGGUUUACAAAACUAGAAGAAAAAUAUUCAGAUCUGGAGAAGGAGAAAGAAUUCACACUUUCUCAAGUAGUAGAACUGCAGGGUUCCCUCUUUAUAGAAAAACAAGAGCGCACAAGUUUUGUGCAGUCAAGUCAGGCUCGACUGGCAGGUUUGGAAAAUCAAGUCCAUAUCAUGCAACAAGAAAGUAGGUUGGGGAAGAAGGGCUUUGAAGAAGAGCUAGACAGAGCAGUUGUUGCUCAGGUCGAGAUUUUCAUCCUGCAGAGGUUCAUAGAAGAUCUGGAAGAAAAGAAUCUAUCUCUAGCAAUUGAAUGUCAAAAACAGGUUGAAACAUCCAAGUUUUCAGAUAAACUGAUUACAGAGUUGGAGUGUGAGAAUCUAGAGCAGCAGGUAGAAGCAGAAUUCUUAUUAGAUGAAAUCCAAAAGCUGAGGAUGGUAAUUCAUAAGGUGUUCAGGGCUAUUCAAAUUGAUCCACAUCGUGGGCAUGUAGAUAAGAUUGUGCAGGAGCAUAUACCUGUAUUGGAUAUUUUUGAUGGUAUCGAGGAUUUAAAAAGUUCUCUAUUGAAAAUCUGGGAUGAGAAGCAGCAGCUGCUGGUUGAGAACUCAGUGCUCUUAACUUUACUUGGGCAACUGAGAUUAGAGGGUGCUGAGCUCGAGUCAGAGAAAAAGUUCAUUGCGCAUGAGUUUGAGUUCAUGACAGAGCAAUGUGCUAUGCUGCAAAAGAACAAGCAGGAGCUUCAAGAGAUGAACAGGAAUUUGCAGUUGGAAAUGGAGGAGAGCGAUCAAUGGGAGGAUGCUUUAAAUGUUGAAUUGGAAGCCCUACAUGUGAAGCUGAUAAAUUUGGAGGGUGCUUACCUUGCAUUGCAGGAAGAGAAUUCCCUGUUGCUUGAAGAGAAGAAAUCUUUGCUCAGGAAAUUUUCAGACCUGAAUGAGGAAAAGUGUAUCCUUGAAGAAGAAAACAGUGUUAUUCUCCAUGAAACGCUAGCUCUCAGCAACCUAUCUGUUGUUUUUGAGAGCUUCGCAAGUGAGAAGUCUGUGGAAAUAGAAGAACUUGCUGACAAUAUCAGCAGUCUCCAUUUGGUCAACGGUGAUCUGAAGGAGGAGGUUGGAAUGUUGGGGAAGAAGAUGGAAAUGAAAGAAUCAGAAAUUCAACAUCUGAAUGAGUCAGUAGAGAAGUUGGGGAGGGAGCUGAAUGAGGCCAAGGACUUAAAUGACCAAUUAUGCAAUCAAAUUUCUAUUGGAGAGGAUUUUCUGAGACAGACGGCAACAGAACUUUCAGAAGCAGAACAGAUACUUAAAGCUACCGAGAAUGUAAAUGUUGAAUUGUGCAAGACUGUUAAGGAACUGAAGAUGGAAUGUAAAGAAUCAAAACAGAUUAAAGAAAAUCUAGAGAAACAGAUUCUUGAAGUGCUGGAAGAUAGCACAACUCAGAAAAAAGAAAUUGAAUGCCUUCGUGAAGUGAGUGCAAAUAUGGAAUCUGAAGUAGAAAUACUACGUACAGAAAUUGAAGGACACAGGAUUAGAGAAGAGAAUUUGAGUUCAGAGUUGCAAGAGAAGAGAGAUGAAUUUGAACUCUGGGAGGCUGAGGCUGCUACAUUUUAUUUUGAUCUCCAUAUUUCUGCCAUUCGUGAAGUUCUACUUGAAAAUAAGGUUCAAGAACUUACUGGAGUUUGUGAGAUUCUUGAAGAUGAAACUGCUGCAAAAAGUAAGGAGAUUAAACAGAUGAAGGAAAAAGUUAGCUUCUUAGAAAGUGAAAAUGGGGGAGUGAAGGCCCAGUUGUCUGCAUAUGUUCCUGUCAUAGCUUCACUGAGAGAUGAUAUAGCCUCUCUUGAGCAUAAUUCCCCCCUUCAUACAAAGCCUUCCAUGGCAGGGAAUCGAGAAGAAAAGGAUGAGGAGAUGGCAAUUCAUCUUCAUGAAGAGAGCCGUCAAGUGCUUAUAGAAGAUCAAAGUACUGUGAUACAGGAUGGAAUUGCAGAUUUGCUGAAAUUGCAGACAAGGAUUAAAGCAGUGCAAAGGGCAGUGGUGGGAGAAAAGGAAAGGCGUGCAACUCAAGAAAGCAUACACACUAACAUCAAAGUCGAACAUGUACUAAAAGAGACUGAAGAGUUGGGAUUGGAAGGCACAUUACAUCAAGUUAAAGACAUAAGAAAGGAAGAGAUGAAACUGGGGAAUGAUCUCGCCAAUGACCUGGAGUUACAGAAGACUAAACCAGAAAAUGGAACUUUGAUGAAAGAUAUUCCACUUGAUCAAGUCUCGGAUAGUUCAUUCUAUGCAAGAAGCAGGAGACAUAAGGGUGGAGUUGAUGAUCAGAUGCUUGAGUUAUGGGAAACUGCAGAUAGGGACUGCAGCGAAGAUCCAAUGAUCAAUGAGACACAAAAGCAGGCUUCUGAAGACGAGGAGAAGGGUCUGUAUAUCUCUUCAGAAUUACAGAUCGAGAAGGAGUUGGGCAUUGACAAGCUAGAGGUAUUGACGAGUGUUAGACAGCCAAAUCAAGAUACCUCUAAGGGAAAGUUCCUGGAGAGACUGGCUUCCGAUGCUCAGAAAUUGACGAGUGUUCAGACAACUUUGCAAAAUCUGAAAAAGAAAAUGGAAAUGAACAAGAGAAGCAAGAAGGCCAAUGGGAUCGAAUAUGAAACAGUCAAAAGAAGGUUACAAGAAGUUGAGGAGGCUGUUUCGCAGCUAGUGGAUAUCAAUGAUAAAUUGACUAAGGAGGUCGAUCAUAGCCCCCAAUCUUUGAAUGGGAAACCUUUAGAAGAGUUGGAGGAUGCUGGAAAUGUCUCCAGAAAGAGAGUAAUAGAACAGGCACGAAAUGGGUCUGAAAAGAUUGGACGUUUGCAAAUUGAGUUACAGAACAUCGAGUAUGUACUGCUGAAAUUGGAGGAUGAAAAGAAAAGCAAAGCAAAGUACAGAUUUUCCAAAAGUAGAACAGGCACUCUCUUGAGGGACUUCAUUCACAGCAGUGGGACGAGUAGUGCAAGACGGAAGAAGGCUUGUUUUUGUGGCUGUGCAAGAACUUCAACUAAUGGAGAUUAAUGGGAUCAUGGAGAAGGAAGCAUUUUCUCGUUGGCUCCACUCCAGGAGAUGCCCCCUAAUUUAUGUUUAGAGGGUCAUUUCUUUAUUUAGUUCAGGGAAAAUCUUGCCUCUUUAGCUUACCAGGACUGUAGAAAUUUAGGACAAAUCUAAUUAUAAUAAGCUGCUGCUUCCAGCACUUUCGUCUUCUGAUUUCGCCAGACUAUGAAUGAUAAUUAGUGCAGCACCUCAGUAUUUUUAUUUA